GUUACAGCAUAUACUUUGAAUAUGGAAAUACCGGUGACAGGUUCUGUACCCGUCUGCAUGGCAGCAAAUUAUAUAGGAUCACCAGACCCUCAAAACAACAUAGUGAAUAAACAGCCCAUGAGUGCAUCACUACGGGAGCGUCUUAGAAAAACAAGAAGGUCUUUUAUUUCCUCGUGCAGUGUGGUAAAGAGACUUAAAGUAGAUUGUGAAGAAAAUGAGGGAUCUAAUACUGCACAGCAACCAUAUAGAGACUCUCUGGAAAGCCCAGUGAAAACAUCUUUGCCUCCAAGUCCUGUCUCUUCGGGGGAUGCACACGGUCCGGAUGUCAGAAUUUCAGCAGAAUCUUCACUGCAGACCACCGCGAAGAGCUUGUGCAGUAACCAGGAGCUGGUUCAAGAAAGGGACAGGUUACUGAAGCGAGUGGAGGAGAAGGAAGACAUUUUGAGAAGACUUAAAAUGGUCAAGAUGUACAGAUCGAAGAACAAUGUGACAGAGCUACAUUCUCUAAUUGAAAAAUGGAGGAAAAGCAGCCAGCUGAUAGUCUACGAGCUUCAAACAACGUUAUCGUCCCAGAAUACAAAGAUCAGCCUCACGCAGCUCAUGGAUACCUGUGGGGUGGAUGACAAGUUGUUACGUUAUAAUAGAGCUGAAGAGGAUUUUGAGAAUCCCUGAAAAUGUGAAGAAAUACA